CCCCAAGGCAAACCAUGUCAUCAGCGCACCUCCUCCCCCUCCCCCCUCCUCUCCCUCCUCCUCUCCUCGCUCGUCCUCCUCCUCCUCCUCUCCUCGCUCCCCCCCUCCCUGGCCUCCCCCUCCCCGGAGGCGCUCGGCGGCGGCGGGAACCAGACCAACGGCAGCUGCUCGCAGAGUGACCCGUGCGAGCCGGGCGUCCUGCUCCCCGUCUGGAACCCGCUCAACCCCUCGGUCGGCGACAAGGUGGCGCGCUCCAUCGUCUACUUCGUGGCGCUGGUCUACAUGUUCCUGGGCAUGUCCAUCAUCGCCGACCGCUUCAUGUCGUCCAUCGAGGUCAUCACGUCGCAGGAGAAGGAGAUCACCAUCAAGAGGCCCAACGGCGAGACCACCACCGCCACCGUGCGCAUCUGGAACGAGACGGUCUCCAACCUGACCCUCAUGGCCCUGGGCUCGUCCGCCCCGGAGAUCCUGCUGUCAGUCAUCGAGGUGUGCGGCCACGGCUUCGAGUCCGGCGCCCUGGGGCCGUCCACCAUCGUGGGCAGCGCGGCGUUCAACAUGUUCGUCAUCAUCGGCCUGUGUGUCUACGUGGUGCCCGACGGCGAGACCAGGAAGGUCAAGCACCUGCGCGUGUUCUUCGUGACCGCCGCCUGGAGCAUCUUCGCCUACAUCUGGCUCUACCUGAUCCUGUGCGUGCUGUCGCCCGGCGAGGUGGAGGUGUGGGAGGCCGUGCUCACCUUCAUGUUCUUCCCACUCUGCGUGGUGCAGGCCUGGAUUGCGGACCGUCGCCUCCUCUUCUACAAGUACGUGCGCAAGCGUUACCGUGCCGACAAGAGCCACGGCAUCGUGGUGGAGACGGAGGGUGGAGACGACCUGAUGAUGAAGGAGACCGGCUUCACCAAGAUGGACAUGCUGGAGCUGGACGGCAUGAACUCACACCUGGACGGCAUGCUGGCCAGCGGGGGUGAGGACGGCGGCGGCGGCGCCCUGCGCGACCAGGAUGACGAGGCCAGGAGGGACAUGGCCCGGACGCUCAAGGACCUCAAGCACAGACACCCCGAUAAGGACCAGGAGCAGCUCAUUGAGAUGGCCAACUACCAGGUUCUGGUGCAGCAGCAGAAGAGCCGGGCAUUCUACCGCAUCCAGGCCACGCGCAUGAUGAUCGGCGCGGGCAACAUCCUGAAGAAGCACGCGGCCGACCAGGCCCGCAAGGUGGUCAGCAGCAACGAGCAGCAGGAGCAGGAGGACGACCCCUACACCACGCGCCUGGACUUCCAGCCCGCCAACCACCAGUGCUUCGAGAACUGCGGCUCGCUCAAGCUCACCGUGGCGCGGCACGGAGGAGACCCCAGCUGCACCGUCAAGGUCGACUACCGCACCGAGGACGGCACUGCCAACGCCGGCUCGGACUACGAGUUCGCCGAGGGCACGCUCCUCUUCAAGCCGGGCGAGAUGCUCAAGGAGGUGACGGUGGGCAUCAUCGACGACGACAUCUUCGAGGAGGACGAGUACUUCUACGUGCGGCUGAGCGACCCGCGCAUCGUGGGCUGGGCCGACGGGCACCCUCCUGCGCCCGAGGUGCCCGGCGCGCCCACCUACCAGGCGGCACUGGGCGAGGCGCACACGGCCACCGUCACCAUCUACGACGACGACCACGCCGGCAUCUUCACCUUCGAGUGCGAGUCGGAGCGCGUCAGCGAGAGCGUGGGCACCAUGCAGGUGAAGGUGUUGCGCACGUCGGGCGCCCGCGGCCUGGUGGCCGUCCCGUACCGCACGCUGGACGGCACCGCCAAGGGCGGCGAUGACUACGAGGAGGCAGUCGGCAAGCUGGAGUUCCAGAACGACGAGACUUUGAAAAUUAUUGAGGUGAAAAUCAUUGAUGAUGAGGAGUACGAGAAGAACAAAACUUUCACCAUCGAGCUGGGUGAACCAGUACUACUGGAGAUUGGACAAAAGCAUGGAGACUCCAAUGAGAACAAGCCAGCGGUGGGGGCAGAGGACGAGGAGGUGGCCAAGAUGGGCUGCCCCAGUCUCGGAGAGCACACUCGGCUGGAGGUGGUCAUUGAGGAGUCCUACGAGUUCAAGAAUACAGUGGAUAAGCUCAUCAAGAAAACCAACCUGGCUCUGGUGGUGGGCAGCAGCAGCUGGAGGGAGCAGUUUGUCAGCGCCGUCACGGUCAGCGCAGGAGACGACGACGAGGAGGAGAGCGGUGAGGAGCGUCUGCCCUCCUGCUUCGACUACAUCAUGCACUUCCUCACCGUCUUCUGGAAGGUUCUGUUCGCCUUCGUGCCGCCCACCGAGUACUGGAACGGCUGGGCCUGCUUCAUCGUGUCCAUCACCCUCAUUGGCGUGCUGACCGCCGUCACCGGUGACCUGGCCUCCCAUUUCGGCUGCACCAUCGGCCUGAAGGACUCCGUCACCGCCGUGGUGUUCGUGGCCCUGGGCACCUCCGUCCCCGACACCUUCGCCAGCAAAGUGGCGGCCAUCCAGGACCAGUAUGCCGAUGCCUCCAUCGGCAAUGUGACGGGCAGCAACGCCGUCAACGUCUUCCUGGGCAUCGGCGUGGCCUGGACCAUCGCCGCCGUCCACUGGCGCCUCAAGGGCAAGACGUUCUACGUGCCGCCGGGCUCGCUGGCCUUCUCCGUGUCGCUGUUCACCGGGCUGGCCGUGGUCGCCGUCAGCGUGCUCCUGUACCGCCGGCGUCCGGGGGUGGCCGGUGGCGAGCUGGGCGGGCCUCGGACUUGCAAGCUGGUCACGGCCGCCCUCUUCUUCAGCUUCUGGCUCAUCUACAUCCUCAUGGCCUCGCUGGAGGCCUACUGCCACAUCCCCGGCUUCUGAGAGAGAUGGAGGGAUGGAGAGAGAGAGAGAGAGAGAGAGAUGGAGGGAGAGGAGGAAGAAAGAAAGAAGAUGCAAAAUUGAGGACAUUAAGGGCAAAAAUUUUUAUGAAGUGAAAGAGAUUUGUUAGGGAAAAGAGAAGAGAUAGAGAGAAGAAAAAGGAGGAAGGAGUGAGACACAGAGAGAGAGAGAGAGAGAGAAUGUCAGUCAAAGUAGUGACCAAAUGUCACGUUUAGUGAAGAGAAAGAUCUAGAAUGGCGGCGUGUAAUGAUGGAGCUAUGAAGAAGAGCAAACCUGGAGUUCCUCUCUGCCGGCCGGCAACAACAGACCCUGACGUGUUUUUCGUGUACCCCCGCCUAUGAGGACAUCUCUCAGCCCUCGCCUCUGUGCUUUCCCUCCGCUCCGCGGCCCUUUGCUCCCCCUUUAGUCUCUCUCUCUCUCUCCCCUGUUUUCCUCUCUUAAUCUCCUCUCCAUCGCAGUACGCAGCUACAGUACGUGUCCCGCUCCACAGUAACUCUGCCUUACCACAACUGUACCGUAAGGUGUAACGUUGUCCUCACUUUGUCUUAACUGGUAGGAGUGUAGGCCCCCUUUCUCCUCUGGCCUGCCUUUGCUCUUGUUGAACUAGCCCCCCCCCCCCCCCCCCAAUGACCCCAAAUCCCUGCGUGAACACUCCACAUUUUCUACUUACCCCCCUUUUUUUCUGUAACGUGUCAGUGAUGUCGUCGUGAAAUUGUUUUUUUUUUUGUUGUUGUUGUUCAACUAAAUGAAAUGCGGAAAUGUCCUAAAUCGAUUGAAAGGAUUUGCAUGGUCGUUAUAUCAAUAACAGAGGUUGUGUGUGUGUGUUUACAUGGUGUCAGUCUCAGUAAUGAAAUGCACUGGAUGAAGCCAAGGACCGAUGACCAUGCAAAAAGGACACGGAUGACAGUAUAUGUCGACUCAGUGACUCUACAUGCGAAGAAUGAGAUUUGGUGAAAAGCAAAAAAAAAAAAAAAAACUACUCCAACUGCUUGGAAUGGAAGAGAACAAUGUAAUAAUUCCAGAAGAACAUUGUGUUUACUCCACUGAUAGGUACUGUAGCUUGACUUUAGCAUUAGCAUAUUUGGUCACCAAGAAAUAAUGCCGUCGGUGUAAAGACAGUGUAAAAAAAACCUCACACGUGAAAACAACUCCUAAACUGUGACUGAGGAUGUGACCUUGACCUAGGACAACAGUUAGACCUUUAGAACUCUAUGGACUUGAUGCGUGCAUGUCUCAUUGUGUUAAAUGAUGUUCUUACAUGGACGGACUGAGAAGAAGUCAUAACCAUCAAACAGUAUUGUUGAGUUUUAUUUCGUAUUUUGAAUUAUUUGUUGUCUGUUCUGUUUUCAAUGAUAUUUGCCUACCAUGCCAUUUGGUAGAGUUAUUUGUGUUGUCGGUAUUUAUUUUAGUGUGUAAGUUAAUUAAGUUAAUUAAUUAAGAGCAUUCACCCAUACUCUAGUUUGAGUUUGAGAAGUGGUAUCACUUUGAAAGCUAAACUGGUCCAAACCCUGAUCUCUGUGCUGAUACAAAACCUUGAAUUUGUAUGAUAUCAGGCAACCUGUAUGAAUCUAAUCCAAAAACAAUUGGCCCAGUCUAACCAGUGCUGUUCCAAACUACACCUUUGUUAAUCCAGUUUAAACUGGUUUCAAUCCAGCCUGUGCACGAAUUAAUAAUAUUAAAAUUGAAAUUGGAAUCUAUACAACCAUUCCAGUGUCAGUCUAGCUGUGGGCAGUGCAGUCCAGUGUUAUUCCAGUCUCGACCAGUCUUGUCUCUGUAUUACUGCCCUGACUCAAAAUCAGUAUUACCUUUCAGUAUGUGCUAGAUUUGUACUUACGCCAGUAUAGACUACUGUAUAUGGUGACUUGGUCUAUAGCAACCGCUUGCUAACACUGAAUUUAGCCAGUGGUGUCUAGGCUUACUUUACUUUCUUCUGGAGACAUCACACACUUUCACACACAGCAUCUAACGCGCGUGUGACGCCGCUACUCGUUCCAAGUCGCUCAUGAACCCAUCCAAGUCGUCAGACAGACUUUCCAAUCCAGUCUCCGGUCUCAGUUGAGCCAGAUUUACACCACAGAGAAACCAUUUACAACACCACAACAGCACCUACUCUCAGUUCUUCAUCUCUCCUCCUCCUCCUCCAUCUCUCCCUCUCUCCCUCUCUCCCUCAUUCUCCUGGAUUCUCCUCACCAAACCCCUUCAUUGGGGAAGUGAGUCUACUCUGCUAAAUGGAUGACGCUGAGGAGAGAUGUCCAAUGAAAGAGAGGUAUAUACGGCGUUUGGGGUGGGCGGGAGCUGACAGAUAUAGCCUACUGUGUCAGUACGUAGCUAUAAAAAGCAGGGGUGAGGCAGUCACGUCCAUUGUUUUUGGUGAGAGUAAAUGCGUAGAUGGUAUAUUUUUAGGCCCUCCUGUUGCUAGGAGACGAUCGGCGAGUGUCGUCGUCUUUGUUCAAUUUGGUCUGUUCCCCGUGUCACUGUGUCGGUGGUGGUGUGUACGGGCUGUUAUUGUAGUGGGUCUUUGUGUGUUGUCUCUGUGUGUUGUUACCGUUGGCAUGUUCAUAUUUGUUUGUUUGUGCACGAGUGUGUGUGCUUGCGUGUCUGUCUGUGUGUUUGUGUGUGUGUGUGUGACAGAGAUUAUCUCCUUAGCGCACGCUACCUGUGGCGAUGCCCCUUGUGGCGUAAUGAAUUAGAGUGCCAUCACUACCAUUCCAGCGAAAACGAACCCCCAUAAUUACAUUCCUUUACACGCUCUCCUUCUUGUCUGGCGAAUAAAGGACAAAAAAGUGAAACUGAACAGAGAGAGGAAGAGGGGAGUUUCAUCAGGUGCGUUAGUACCACUGGAAUGAAGUCCUCAUGUAGUAAAAAAAUAGAAUUGUGUGUGUGUGUGUGUCUGUGUGUACUGGGGACCUGGGCUUGUGAGGCCGGUGCCUACAAGGCAGGAUUACAUUUAUGACGGGAGAUAAGUAAGGAUUUAGACCAUGAGCGUGGCUCUGUUAUGACCAUCACUAUUAUUAAAUGGACAGAGCGAGUGAAUGGCAUUUAUUAAAUGGACAGCUAUGUGCGUGCAUAUGUUUGUGCAACAGCUCACGCUAAUCUGUUUGUGUACUGGCUGAGAGAUAAAGGAAGUAAGAAAUCAGACAGAGUGUGUGUGUGUGUGUGUGUGUGUGUGUGUGUGUGUGCGCGUGCACACACAUUUGUGUUUUGUUUGUAUGCUCUUGUCGAUAUAUCUGUAAUGUAAUGUUUCAGCUGGCCUUGUGCCGGAAAGCCUGAUCCAAUCAGUGAGAUUGCAGUGUCUGGGUGUCAGUGACUCUGUGUCUGACAGCUAUCAGAAACAAUGCAAACACACACACACACACAUACACACACUGAGUGAUGAUUUACUAAUAGCCUGCAGAUACACAGACACAAGCACACACACACAAUAUUAAUCACCCACAUACUGUUCAUACACUGAUACGAACACAGAUGUGCAUGAUGUCUGAUUCUAUCCUUGGUGUAAGAUAAGAAUAAUUUUGGUACUGGACACACACACACACAGGUAACAGAACCAUAGGACUGUGAAUAGACACACAACUAUGUCCAGUAGAGACUUGAUCCAGCUUAAUCUGUCAAUUGAUAUGAAUCUGCCAUGUAUUAUACUGUACCGAACUGUAUGAACUCAAUCCCUUGGUAUGCUCUUUAGUAUUAUACUGGGUGUGCAGACUGCAGAGUAUGUGUUUAUGUGUGUAUUACACUGAGUGUAUCAGUAUGUGUGUAUUGUGGGAGAGUGUAUCUAUUGUGUGUGUGUGUGUGUUUGUAAUAAGGGAGAAUAUCAGAAAUGCAGUGUGUCAGCUUGGCUGUUGAGUCAUGGUCUAGGCUCAUUCAUGUUUGAGUUGAUGUUGCUCUUAGCUGCAGAAAGCCAUUUCCUUUUCUUAUCAGUGCAGACCACUCCUGUGUGUGUGCUGCCUGUGUGUGUGUGUGCUAUUGUGUUUGUGUUUGUGUGUGUGUGUGUGUGUGUGCAUGUGUUGCGCCUACAAUGCUAUUAUUUUGUGUGUGUUGCAUUCUAUGCGUGCCUGUAUGUGUGUGUGUGUGUGUGUGUCUGUGUGUGUGUGUGUGUGUGCGGCCCUUUGGAAUGACCAUGUGCCACUGUGUAUCUCAUCU